CGCUAGGGACCGCACUCCUCGCAAGGGAGAGACACCUCGGCUUUGCUGAUGGGACCACACUCCUCGCUCGGAGCCGCAUCAGCCAUGCGCUGGUUCGUGCUGGUGCUUGCGGCGUGCUCGGCCGGGCACGGCUCGAUGCUCGAACUGAGUCUGGACUCGGAUAGUGGGAAUGUGCAGUGGGUGGUCGAGAAUCAGAAUGGGUCGAUCUCGGUCCCGGGGCGCGUCCCGGGCGGCGUGUACUCCGACCUGCGCCGCGCGGGGGUGCUCCCCGACCUGCUGUGGCAGGACAAUGACGUCGCCACCAGAUGGGUCAGCUACGAUAACUUCACAUAUAGCACCAACUUCCAAGUGCAUGCCGAGCACCUGGCGACUCGUGCAGCUAACCUGGUGCUGGGGGGCGUGGACACCGUGGCCUUCGUGGAGCUGAACGGCCGGCCCGUGGGCGCCACUAACAACAUGUUCGUCAGAUACGUGUUCGACGUCAAGCCUUAUUUGAAGGAAGGCCUGAACACGCUCCGCGUAUCAUUCGCGUCAGCAGUGCUGGCGGCGGCGCGGCGCUCGGCGCGGCACUACGCGGCGCCGGCGUGCGUGCCCGGAGUGUACCGCGGCGAGUGCCACGCCAACCAGCUGCGCAAGAUGCAGGCCUCCUUCGCCUGGGACUGGGGGCCCGCCGCGCCCGGACAGGGACUCUGGAAAUCAGCGUUUAUCGAGUUCUACGACAGCGCGAUCAUCCGCACCGUCACCACCCAGAUCACUAGAGAAGACAAGCAGUGGAGGCUGCGGGUGAAGGUCUACUUGGAGCUGGCUGGGCGGCAAGAAACAGGCGAGCUUUUGGCGCGGCUGGCGCUGGGCGCGCAGGGGGCGGUCACUGUGGCGAAGGAAGUGACGCUCGUCGCCAGGGGUGACGGGACGGCUAAUGCGGAGAUCGACAUGAUCGUCAGUGAGAACGUAGUGAGCCUGUGGUGGCCCAACGGCUACGGCGCGCAGCCGCUGUACAACCUGACCGUGACCUUCAGCAGCAACUCCUCACAAGAGACCAGCUCCAAGAGCGUCCGCGUCGGGUUUAGGACGGUGGAGGUCGUGGAGCAGGAUAUCGCUGAAGUGCUGGGCAACAUGACGCAGUCGACGGGGCUGACGUUCUACCUGAGGGUGAACGGCUACCCGCUGUUCAUGAAGGGCUCCAACUGGAUCCCCGCGCACAUCCUGCCCGAGCUCGGCGGAGAUGAGGAUAGAGUGGACAACCUGCUCCAGGCGGCAGUGGAGGCGCACAUGAACAUGGUCCGCGUGUGGGGCGGCGGCGUGUACGAGCGCGAGCGGUUCUACCAACGCUGCGACAAGCUCGGGCUGCUGGUGUGGCAGGACCUCAUGUUCGCCUGCUCCAUGUACCCCACUGACAAGGAGUUUUUAGACACAGUCCGAGUGGAAAUUGAACAGAAUGUGCUAAGCCUACAGCACCACCCUUCCCUGGCCCUGUGGGGCGGCAACAACGAGAACGAAGUGGCCCUGCGCGGUAGCUGGUACACGCACCCCAGCGAGUUCGACAAAUACAAGGCGGAGUACAUCAAGCUGUACGUCGACACCAUCAAGCCCAUAGUCCAUUCAUUAGACCCGAGCAGAAGAUAUGUCGUUUCUAGCCCCUCGAACGGCCUCGAGUCGGAAAGAGAAGGGUAUAUCGCGGCCAACCCUUACAGCCCUAACUACGGAGACACUCACUACUACAACUAUUUAGCGGAUGGCUGGAGCUUCGACAUCUACCCUCUUACACGCUUUGCCUCGGAAUACGGAUUCCAGUCCCUCCCGUCUCUCACAACGCUAAAGACGGCAACGAAUAAGUCCGAGGAUUUGAGCCUAGACAGUGAGUUCAUGGCGCACCGACAACACAGCCCGAAUGGCUACAGCUUUAUCGAGAGCGAGAUGAACAGACACUUGCAGCUGUUUAAAAACGACACCAAGUAUUUCGAGAAGUUCAUUUUUUACAGUCAGAUAUCGCAAGCCAUGUCCAUAAAGACGGAGACGGAGUUCUACCGGCAGAGCCAGGCCACGUGGUUCACGAUGGGCGCGCUGUACUGGCAGCUCAACGACGUGUGGCAGGCGCCCUCCUGGUCCGGCAUCGAAUACGGAGGCAAGUGGAAGAUGCUGCAUUACUUCGCGAAGUCAUUCUUCGCUCCUGUCCUGGUCUCCCCGCGUCUCCAUUUGACCGGGAAAGUGGACGUGUACCUCCUCAACGACCGCCUCGUGCCCCUCCUGGCGGGGCAGCUGCUGGUCGAGGUCUUCAACUGGACCAGCCUCACCCCUGUAGACUCAAAGACCUAUACCGUAAGCGCUAAGCCGCUGAGCGCUCAGAAACAGGACAUAACCCUGGACCUCUGGAAGCAGAAUAAGAAGGAGGUGUUUCUGAGGUUCUCGUUGAAGGCCGAAGGCGUCGCGUGGUCUCCCAUGAACUAUGUCUUCCCGGUGCCGCUGAAGGAUGUUGUGGGGUUGCAAAAGCCAACUAUACAGAUAACGGUAUCCCACCGCAUCCGCCUCCACUCUGGCGAGACGCAGCACAUCGUGCACAUCGUCACAGACCGCGUGGUGCUGUUCCUGUGGCUGGAGGCGCCGGCUCCGGGCCGCUUCCGGGACAACGGGUUCAUCCUCACGCAGCCCUACCUGCGCACCGCCUUCCUCACCACGGGGAAUAUCACCACGAGUGAGCUACAGAAGGCUAUCACGUACCAGUAUUAUUUGAACGAGAUUUCGUAGUUUUAUGAUGUUGGCUAGUGUGAAUGGGAAUAAAGUGUUUUGUUAC